GCUUAUCUGAAAAAAUGUGAUAUUUUUAGAAUACAAUACUAAUAAAUGAUUAGUUGCUCUGAGAGAGCUCCAAAUAACGUAACUCAUCUUAAAAUAGUACAAAUCUGACAUUAGAGCCUUGAGAAUAGUCAUUGUAAGUAAUAUUUCCAAGAAGGAACCUAUCAAUUUUCUACAAACAUUUUUUAUAAUAAUUUAUUGUGGAAUUACAUCAUAUUUGCUAUUAUAGCUGUUUAAGACGAGAAUCAACAUUGAGAUAGAAGAUAAACUAGACUCAUAUAUUAAAGAGCACUUCAAAGUCUAAAAAUUCAAUUAAAGAAAUUUAAAAUAGGAUUUCAAAGCAAAUCUGUAUAAUAUAUAAAAAUACUUCUCAUAAUUAGAAAAAUUUAGAUUAAAUUUAAUGAGUUAGGUUGAAUCAGUUGAAUAAUGUAAUUCACAUGUUGAAUAAAUCAAAUAUUCAACACAAUAUUAAAUUUCUAGGAAAAGAGUUUAAGGAGUAAAGUAAGAAUAAUGUUAGUUAAUUAAUAAAAUAUUUAGAUGUUUUGUAUAUAAAUUUUAGACUCAUUAAUUGGAAAAAAGAAUAAAAAUGAUUAGUAAUGUAUUAAUUCAUUUCGUUAAGAAAUUAGUUUGAUCUAUAAACCUUUUAAACUCUAUUCAAAAAUGAGGAGAAUAUAUUUUAGCUGGUAAAGCUGUUAUUUGUAAAAAGGAAGAUUGCAAUAUAUUCUCUGAAAAGUUGAUUUCAGUAAUUAUUGAUUUAGAGGAGCUAGCUGUUAUUCAGUUAUUCUAUAAAUCGAAUUACUUUUUUUCCUCUAUUGCAGUGUAGGGAGAU